AUGACACGUUCCAAAUGGAAGCCGCCCUUUGUAGCAGCCGAGCUACUACUGCCAUGGAAGCAGGAUGUCGCUACACGUCGCAAGUUUCUGGUGCAUAAUGGCAAGGACUAUAAACCCGUCACGGUGACGGCACAGAUGGUGAAUCAUAAGCUGGGAGAGUUUAGUAUUACUAGGAAGCCAUUCUCGUAUAAGAAGAAGGAGGAGAAGAAGGGAAGGGGUGGACAUUAA